GCCGACUAGUGUCAUGGCGUUGCUGGGGACACUAGCUGCUAAAUGUUGUCGGUCGUUACUUUCUAAACCCUGCAAAGGGUUGUUCUGUGGAGUUUUACGGCCAAGUUGGGUUCAGAGCUGCAUUGGAGCUAAGAGGCAUUUGUUGUCGGAAGAUGUUAUCAAACUGCAGGAUUUCCAGCAAAGAAAGCUAGCUGUGGCUCACCUCGUUACAGGAUCAGAUGGCAAUUACAUCGAGCUGUUCAGAGAGAAGAUGCAAAGAAAUGAGCUGAUUCUGCGAGAUGAACUGAAGCUGCUUCUCCACCUGUGUCAAACGCCAGACGAUAUGCUAGUAGCCCGAGAAGCUAUCUAUAGGUAUCAUGCGGAGAACCGGAACCUUUUGUACGGAGACUUCAAAUUUGGCCCACUUUUCAUGAGGCUUUGCUAUGAGCUCGGCAUGGAGGGAAUGGCUGCUGCAACUUUAACUGAUAAGGAUAUGAAAGGCUUUUUCAUUGAUUCAACCACUUUUAACAUCGCCAUCAACAUGUUGUUUGUUAAAGGCUCAUAUGAAAGCGCUAUGGACGUUUUAAGAACAAUGAAGAGCCAAGGAGUGCCAUUCAACAAAGACACACUGACACUAGCCAUUGCUACCUGCUAUAAACUGAACACAGCAGAAUGCUACAGAAUCUGUAUGUCACUAAUAGAUGAAGAACAGACCAAAGGCCAGUUCAUCACUCGCCAUGCAUAUUGUUUUGCUGUAGCAUUAGCACUCAGACGGAAUGACCUAGAAAAGGCACACUCUAUAUAUUCACAAAUCAUGAGCACUGACAGCAAAUUGUGUCAAAACUUUAAAGUUAUGAUACUCGCCAUGUCAGGAGAUGUUUUAGGGGCUGUUUCUGUGCUGUCGACAGCCAUGUUGCCCAGUAGGUCGUUUUUUGUGAAAAAGCCAGAGUUUUCCAAGGAAGUGGUCGAUUUGCUGCUUUUGAGGAGUGAAGGCAGACCAUUCAAGAUGAAAGCGGAGCAGGUGGUGACUCAGCUCGAACAGGCCGGUCAGGUGACCCAGGAGACCCUCGACGACAUGCUGUGCCGUGUCCCGACGGGGAAGAGGAAACCGGUUAUAAUGGAGGUGGUGAGGACCAGCCGAAGGACCCGGGCGUCUCUGCAGUCCAAUCUGUUGUCAGAGUGAAGCCAGAGACGAACACCUAUCAACUCUCUCAUUGGGAGGAGAGGACGCUGGCGCUGGAUGUUCGCCGCUUCUCCCACCGCUUCUUCGCAUAAAUCAGGUCAUAUCGUGUGACGUAAGUCGCUCUGCUGUCAUUUUCUUUGUCUUUGGAUUCUUUCCUGCUCCGUCAAGUUAUGCUGUGGAUUUCAUUACACUGCUUGAAGAUCUGCUGUGGAACCGUGAGUCUGCUGUUAGCGGUUAGCUCGCUACUAGCCUCUUCCGGCCGGACUGGCUCGUCGAUGUUGACCUACUCCGCCUCCCAGCUGUUCGAACUCAACAACCGUUCUGUCCCUCCUUGUGUUUCCAUCCUGAAAGGACUCUGCCUCUUGCGAAGACCUCGCUAAGUUCACAGAGGCUCUCGGAGGAAAUGUGUUUAUUUUUGGCAGGCUGGGUCCGGCUCUAUGGCUUCCUUUUGGUCUGCCGAACGUGCUGCACAUCCAUUACGUCAUCAAACCGCUGCACCUGUAGUCCCUGAUAUGGCAGGAGGUGCACGUCGCCCGAAGAGGCAGCAGAAACGUGGAGUGAUUUCCAGUGUAUUGAGACCUUUGCAAAAGGCUUCUGUCCCAGCCAACGUUAUGAUGGAACGUUUCAAUGUGCAAUCCUUAUCCAACAAAUCUUGUCUGAUCAAUGAUCACAUCCUGGAGAAAAACUUGGACCUCAUGUGCCUAACGGAGACUUGGGACAAACUGGAUGUGUAUUGUUCCCUGAAUGAAGCCUGUCCCUCAGGUUAUAGUUACUUGCAGAGGGCCCGUCACUCGGGCCGCGGCGGUGGUCUGGCUGUUAUCUAUCGCAGUAACCUAAAACUGUCUCAUCUUCAGGACGACUUCUCCUUUGAAUGUUUGGCUUUUAAUCUUAAAGCCCCGUUCCAGGCGAAUAUUACUCUGCUUUACAGGCCUCCAAAACCUCAUGUUUUAUUUCUUUUAGAGAUGCAUGACCUUCUCACUUCUUUUUGUGCCUGCGCCGUGAAAAAUUUUAUUCUUGAAAUAUUCGCAUUGAUGACUCAUUUUCUCCUUUGGUGGCAGAUUUUAAGUUUCUUUUAGACUCGCUUAAUCUCAUUCAGCAUGUUGAUGCCCCCACUCACAACAGGGGACACAUUUUGGAUUUGGUGAUCAAGGACACUAUAAGCAUUAGCAACCUGUCAGUUUAUGAUCUGGGUGUUUCUGACCAUAGUGUCAUCUCAUUAGAAAUUCCCUCAAGUUUGUCUGUUUCGGACACAAAACGUUUUUAUUCAGUUCCGUGAUAUGAAAAACAUCUCUCCUGAGGCUCUGUCCUCUGACCUUCACUCUCUGUCUGCUAUUAACCACCUAUCGGUAAGUGAUUCUGUGGACUAUUACAAUCAAUCUCUCCAGGAGCUUUUGGAGCUCCAUGCUUCUCUUAAGUCGAGACUGGUGUCUUUCUCCCGUUCAGCCCCUUGGUAUACUAGUGAGCUGCGGAAUAUUAAAACCGCUGGUUGUGCUAUUGAGAGACGUGUAAAAAAAUCAGGUCUCUCUGUUCACAAACAGGCAUACAGGGAACAUCAGAAAGCAUAUGCCUAAAGCGCGAUCUAAGUACUAUUCCAACAUUAUCAAUAGCUGUCCGGGAAAUUCUAAACAGCUUUUUUCUACAAUAGUUCACCUUAAUCCCCACAAACAAACGUAUGCUGAAGAUAUGACUCAACAAUGCAAUUUGUUUCUGUCAUUUUUCAAAAACAAAGUUCCGUCCUGCUCAUAGUACUGAGACUGCCCUGCUAAGAGUUACAAGUUGUCAUGGCUGCUGAUUCUGGCAGUACUUCCAUCCUUGUCCUCCUGGACCUCUCUGCUGCAUUUGACACUGGACCAUAACAUUUUCCUACAUCGUCUGCAUGUGGAAGUCGGUCUCGGUGAAUCUGUCCUGGAUUGGUUUCAAUCUUUUCUUUCUAACAGGCUGGAAUGUGUUUGCCCUGGCAACUCCAAGUCCCAGGCCGUUAGUGUGUCCUGUGGUGUCCCACAGGGGUCAGUUCUAGGGCCUAUGCUUUUUUCUCUUUACAUGCUGCCUUUAGGUAAAAUCAUUAAUCCGCAUAACAUUUCAUUUCACUGUUAUGCGGACGAUUUACAACUUUACAUUAGAACGGGAUCAUCUUCUACUUCACCUCCACUUACUGCGCUAACGUCCUGCCUGGAGGAGAUUAAGAAUUGGAUGAACCAUAACUUUCUUCAGUUGAACUGUUCCAAAAGCGAGGCCAUACUGAUCGGAAUGCCUCAUCAGGUUCAGUCCUCGACUCUGACGAGUAUUUCGUUCUCUGGAUAAGACAUUCCCAUUUCCUCCGUUGUUACAAACCUUGGAGUUUGAAUGGACUCCCAUCUCACAUUUGAAAAUCACAUUAAGCACCUGUUUAAAACCUGUUUUUUUUCCAUCUUCGCAAUAUUUCCAAAAUUCGUUCGUCUCUCUCCCGUUCGGAUGCUGAGAUCCUCAUCCACGCCUUUGUCUCCUCCAGGCUCGAUUACUGUAACUCGCUGUUUAUUGGAGUCCACAGAAAACACCUUCAGAGGCUUCAAUACAUUCAAAACAGUGCUGCCAGGAUCCUAGUGAGAGCUCGUAAAUUUGAUCACAUCACACCUACUCUUUACGAGCUUCACUGGCUUCCUGUAACUUAUAGGAAUCAGUAUAAACUUGCUCUUAUCACCCAUCACUGUCUAUAGGGAACCUCACCGGAUUACCUGAAGGACCUCCUUAUCUCACAUUCAACUUCUAGAUCCUUACGAUCCCAAGCCUGUAAUCUUCUCCACCUUCCUAGAUCAAGACUAAGGACUAUGGGUGAUCAAGCAUUUGUUGUGGCUGCUCCUCGUCUAUGGAACUCUCUCCCGGACUAUCAUUGAGCCCCGCAAUCAUUGUCCGAUUUUAAAACUGGCUUGAAAACCUUUCUUUUUAGACAAGCCUACUCCACUCUUAAAUGACUGUCUUUUUUUUUUUUUAUUGUUUUUGAUUGCUGAUUUUAGUUGUUUUUAGCUGCACCGUGUAGCACUUUGAGAUUUUUAUUAAUGAAAAGUGCGUUAUAAAUUAAAUUGAUUAUUAUUAAUUGAUUAUUGUAUGCUGAGUGUAAAAUCAUAUGCAGAGGAUUAAACUGAGGGGUUGCAAAAUAUUACCAAUAAGAACCUUCAGAAUGGUCACGUGCCAGUAGUCUCUCACUCUUAACUGAUUUAAAUCAUAGAUAAAAUUUUUUAAAGAUUGUUUAAAACAAUGUAGGCAUGCACACAUACAAAAAUUAGGGUUUUCUCAUAGAACAUGAAGUUCUACUGACACUUUCUAGCUUUAUGGAGGUCAGAGUUGUUCUAAAACCUCAGACAAUCCAAGUGUACAGAGGGAUAUUGCAUCAGAACUGCUCUUUCCCCCAGUUCAACAUAAUGGAUUUGCAAAAUGUCAAAUAUAGAAAUGUACAUAUUUUUAAAGGUUAUUUUUUUUAAAUAAAGGCCAAUAGUGUCAUUAAAAAUAACAUUUUUAAAAACGCACUUUUCUGUAUUUGACAUUUUACAAAUCCAAAAACCCAAAUCUGACUUCUGAAAGUGUAUCAGUAGAACUUAAUGAAACACAGUGAACCAACACCAGCAAAUGACAUGGCUCUCUACAAUCCAUGUUCUCUGUGUACCUUUUACUAUCAUGUUUUCCUUCCACUCUACUUUCCUUUGUGAUGGUUGAUGGAGCCUCUUUGAGCAAUUGCUCAUGUUUCAACAUUUCUGUGUUGACAUAAUUUUUUUGGUGUUAUUUACUAUUCAAUUAUUUUUUUAAUCCUGCAUUUUGUAGUUGUUUUUUUCAGUUUCAAGCCUACUCAUGGAAAUAAACAGAUCGAACAGGCCUGAAAUAUAUCUCUCUUUUUGUACUCUUUGAAAUUAUUUUCAAUAAUACUUUUUGACGCGCUAACAUUUCACUGAUUACUGCUACGUUUGUGCUUUGGAAACAUUAAUGAAGCACAAAAGUAAACCUAUUAAAGCUAAACAUACAGAGAGCUGUGUCGACUGUAAACAAAGGAUGACGCAUUUUAAGCCCCUCCCACCACGCACCGCUGACGCUGGCAGAGCUCCCACCGUGAGCAACAAGACGAAGCUGCUUUUAUUUAAUCCAAACCCGUUGAAUUGACUCUUAGCCGAUGUAAUAAGGUGUUUCCAUAAGAUAUUUUAGUAAUUUAUAAGGCGUCUUGGGAGUUCCAGGACAUUUGCGUCGGUGAUAUCCGCUCCUAGCGGCAGCUGGUGGCGAUGCUACUGCUUGUGACCAUCAGCUAGCCCAGGCUUAGCUGGCUCGGAGUGACGGGGACAGAGAACCGUGGGCGAAGGCAGCUGGUAACAUCAGGCAGCUGACACCAGCACACAAGAGGAAAAUAUAUAUAUAUA